GACAUGCUUCAGGUGGCUGAAAGGAUCGGAAAAGGAGCCUACGGAAGUGUAUGGCAGGCAACGAUCCUCAACAACAAGCAAGAUGUAGUCGUUAAAGUAAGCAAAGACAAACGGCCAUCGGAGAAUAUGCUGGAGUCUUUUCGUCGCGAGAUCGAGAUCAUGUCGUCUCUUCCAGCGCAUCCGAAUGUCGUCAGCUUGAUUGGUGUCACAUCGGACAAGAGGGUUCUGAUCUUGGAGGAGGCAAUGGUGGACCUCCAUGUCAUGAUCAAACGACAGAGCUGUGGCCUCCCGCUUUCAGUAGUUCAGCGGUGGACCAAGGGAAUCUUGCAGGGCUUGGAUUUCUUGCACAAUGAGAAAGUUGUGCACAGAGAUCUCAAACCAUCAAACAUCCUUGUAUUCUUUGACAUGUCGAUCAAGAUAGGAGACUUCGGUCUUUCACGAUACUUGACAGAGCCCAAACUUCCUGUCCGUCGUGAAAUUUCCACCCUGUGGUAUCGCGCACCUGAGCUAAUCAUGGGUACCUCCAUGUACUGUUCCAAGAUUGAUUUGUGGUCGAUUGGGUGUGUCGUAUUGGAAAUGCUGUUGGGCAGAUGUGCUUUUCCUGGCAAGAUAGAAGAUGUUUGCAAAUGCCCAAAGAGUUCUCAUUUCAACUACAACGGGGAUCAGCUGCUGCGAAUCUUCCAGCUGAUUGGAACUCCU